GCCACACUUGCGCCGCAGCUGUUACGCGAUAAAAGUUAACUUAAAAAUCAAUGAAAAAACUAAUAUAAACAAUAGAAAAUGCUUCGAAUCAGUUGCCUGAGUCGACUGGCAAAUACCCUUUACUCAUGCCGAGUUGUCACGCACUGCCAACACCCGCCGGCGGCAUGGCGAGGCUUCCAUGUGAGCGCGGCGAACUUGAAACGCCGGAAAACAGCCGAGGAGAAGAAAUCCCCUAGAAUCAUAGAGUACUCCCCCAAGAAGGCGCAGGAAGUGGCCUCGGAUAUCUGGCGGCACAUGAGCGUGGCCCAAUUAGCCAAGGAGCUGGACCGACCGUUGGAUGACGUCCAAGAGGCAAUGCUGUAUGUGAAAGGGGCCGACAACAUAGAGGCUGAUGCCAAGCUGCCGGAUCUCAAGAUCAUCCAGGAAAUAGCAAAGAAGCUGGGAGCCAAGACCCGAGUGGUGGCUACCCCUGAGUCGGCCAACGAGGAUGAUCAGAGGGAGCGCGACGUGGCUCCCCGACCUCCUGCGCCACCGGAGUUACUACAGCCCCGGCCGCCAGUAGUCACUGUGAUGGGUCACGUAGAUCAUGGAAAGACCACGCUCCUGGACUCAUUGCGGGGCGCUGAUGUGGCUGGCGGCGAGGCGGGCGGAAUUACGCAGCACAUUGGCGCUUUCACAGUCACCCUGGAAAACGGCGAGCGGGUCACGUUCCUGGACACUCCGGGACACGCCGCCUUCAGCGCAAUGAGAGCUCGGGGAGCCGUGGCCACGGAUAUUAUAGUCCUUGUGGUGGCCGCCGAGGAUGGCGUCAUGGCGCAAACAAGAGAGGUCAUUCAGCUGGCCAAGGAGGCUCAGGUUCCCAUCAUUGUGGCCCUCAACAAGAUCGACAAGCCCGAGGCGAAUAUUGAGAAGAGCAAGCGGGAACUGGCACAAAUGGGCCUUGCUCUUGAGGAGCAUGGUGGCGAUGUCCAAGUGAUACCGAUCUCUGCCCUCAAGGGCACCAACCUGCAGCUACUAGCGGAAGCCGUCAGCACCCAGGCCACUCUAAUGGGACUUAGGUCUGAUCCCACAGGCUUAGUCGAGGGAAUCGUGGUGGAGUCCAAGACCGAUCCGCGACGUGGAAAGCUCUCCACGGCUAUUGUCUCACGUGGCACGCUUCGCAAGGGUGCCGUGCUACUGAGCGGUCUGUCGCAUGCCAAGGUGCGCGGUCUGUUCGAUCACAAUGGCCAGCCACUGAGCGAGGCUCCACCGGGCACUCCCGUGGAAAUCCUCGGCUGGCGCGAACUGCCCCUUGCCGGGGAUCUCAUACUCGAAGUGGAAACUGAGAAAAAAGCCCAUGCCGUGCUCAAGUUUCGCGAGCAUGAGGCUCAGCGAGAGAAAGUGGAGUCCAGUAGUGAUGAUAUACGCAGGAAAGAGGAGGAGCACCAGGCCAAGUAUCGGGCGGAUCGAGAGGCUCGUCGUCUGGCAGGACGCUUCCGGGUCCGCGGUGGCCAACGGGUUAAGCAGCUGGAUGAUAAUGAAGGCAAGCCACGGGUCAGUGUCAUUAUCAAAGGCGAUGUGCAUGGUUCAGUGGAGGCCAUACUGGAUGUCCUCGAGACAUACAGCAGCAACGACAGCUGCCGUCUGGACAUCGUGCACUACGGCGUGGGCAACGUGACCGAGGGAGAUCUCGAGCUGGCCAAGGCCUUCGAUGCCAUUAUCUAUGCCUUCGCGGUAGAGGUCCCCCAGCCUAAGGCCGCCAAAGAUGUCAACGUGCGCAGCUACAAUAUCAUCUACCGCCUGAUUGACGAUCUAAAGGAGCAGCUGAGCAGCAAGUUACCACCCGUAGAGGUAGAGGAGGUUCUGGGCGAGGCGAAUGUUCUGCAGAACUUCCUUAUCAACGAGGGCCGCAAGGAGGUUCCCGUGGCUGGCUGUCGCUGCACCAAGGGUUUGCUCAAAAAGGCACAAAAGUUCCGCUUGCUGCGUGAUGGAGAAAUAGUUUACGAUGGUCCAUUGGAGUCCAUGAGGCACUUGAAGAACGAGGUGGACACAAUAAAGAAGGAUGUGGAGUGUGGACUGCGUUUUAGGGACACCAAGGUGAUGCCCCAGCCCGGCGACAUCCUGCAGUGCUACACCACGCACAUGGAGGCCCAGCAAACGGACUGGGAUCCAGGUUUCUAACUGCCAGCGAGUGACUCUGUUAUCGCCUUUGUAUAUUGUAUCUAUAGUUUUCAUUUAAAUACUUACUGUUUAUAUAA